AUGGAUUCUUCUAAUUUUGUUGACCUUCUCAACAAUCAAGAAAAAAAAUUCAUUCAUCAACCCUUUCCUUAUGAGAGCUUUUCACAUGGUGGGGAAAUCGGAUCAUCACAACUCCCUGUGUUCAGUACGCAAUGUACAGAAACGUCAAGCUUCUGUGAAGACUCACCUACACAGCGCAAAGAAAGAAAGAAAUGGAGUCCCUCGGAUGAUCUGGUGCUCAUUAGCGCGUGGUUAAACACCAGCAAGGAUCUUGUCGUAGGAAAUGAGCAGAAAGCAGGUGCUUUCUGGAAACGCAUUGCAGCUUACUAUGCAGCAAGCCCAAAGGUGGAAAGAGGUGAUCAACGAGAAGCCAUUCAGUGUAAGCAAAGGUGGCAGAAGAUGAAUGAUCUUGUUUGCAAGUUCUGUGGUUCCUAUGCAGCUGCAACAAGACAUAAAACAAGUGGUCAGAGUGAGAGUGAUGUUGUUAAACUAGCAUACGAGAUCUUCUUUAAUGAUCACAAGAUUAAGUUUAACCUUCACCAUGCUUGGGAGGAGCUCCGCCAUGACUAG